UCAUCUCGGUCGUGUGAUCAGCUGUGUCCAAUCACAGCUGAAGCUCGAGAGGAGAACAGAGCCGGUAUUCAACUUUCCGCGGAGGGAACAUGUACACUGAUCAUCAGGGCAGUGAUAAUCAGUGUAGCCCCAGCAGUGCCACCUGUCAGUGCUCAUCAGUGCCUUAUGUCAGUGCUCACAGUGCCUUAUGUCAGUGCUCACCAGUGCCUUAUGUCAGUGCUCACCAGUGCCUUAUGUCAGUGCUCAUCAGUGCCUUAUGUCAGUGCUCAUCAGUGCCUUAUGUCAGUGCUCAUCAGUGCCUCAUGUCAGUGCUCAUCAGUGCCUCAUGUCAGUGCUCAUCAGUGCCUCGUGCCAGUGCCACAUAUCAGUGCCUACUAGUGCACAUC